AUGGCAAGCGAUAUGCCUCUAAGUCAAACCACCAAAACCAACCACGCCGACUCAAUCUUACACUCCAGCAACCAUCUAUAUUCUAGAAACUUAGACUGGCCUACCAACCCAUGGGAGAUGUCGUACAUUCUUGACUUUCGAAAGGAGAAUGGAUGGGAUCUAUUGAGUGACAACACGAAUUCCGAGGCAAGCAGGCCCCGGCUAGUGAGGGAGUGGACGAGCGAUGCCCUUCGCGCAUUUGAUCGUGUCUGGUGUGAUCUGGGCAAGACUGAACGCCCCGGUCGGUACCAAUCGGAAAAUACGGUUCGUAGCGGCACAUCAGCUGCGUCCAGAAGGAGACAGACUCUACCCCCAGACGCCUCAUGUGCUUCAUCUGGGACAAUGACACUAGAACAGUCCCAUCAGUACUGGGAUAUGACAAAACAGGCCCGGCGACCUUCCCCCAAGCCAAUAUCGCGAUUUUACAAACCGAGGCUUUUGAAAGAAAAGCUGCUCGGUCCAGAGAACUAUGAAGGUUGGGCGGAGCAGAUGAGAAAGCAGCUUGAGCAGUGUGGUGCGUUGUGGAUCACUGAUGCCGAUGCUGAGCGCCCGCAUGGCACUUCGAGCGCACAAAGCAUCAAUCCCGACCUUAAUCUUUGGAUGAUGAUCUUCAGCAAUGUGUCACGGCCUAUACGAAGAGAACUGGGAACGCUGGAGACACUUGAUUCGCGAGAGGCAUGGCAGUUUUUGCAGAGAAUGUAUGGGAGAUAUGUACACAUGAAGAUGCGUUCUGUCCAGGGGCUGCGCGACAUUAUGGGUAUCAAAUAUGAUGGCUGCGCAUCCCUGGAAGAAUAUAUAGGGAAGAUGGUGGUGUGCAUUCGAGCGAUUCAAUGUAAUCACGGAGAGAAAGCAGGUGAUGACGGGGGGAAAGAUACUCGCUGUGGAAAGAACCGCAACCACCGCAGAGGGGAAGACAAUGAAUGGCUAUGGUGCCAAUUCAUCCUGGUGAAUCUUGGACCGGAAUGGGAAUCUUGGGUUUCUGAGCUGGUGGACAAAUUCGAAGGUGGACAGAGAAUGAAGGCUGCAAUGAGCACACUCAAGGGACUCUUGCCGAUCAUCGAGGCGGAGGAGGCACGCCGCAUACAAGCGUCCCGUUACAUGAAGCGUUGUAGUACGUGA